AGCCCUGCCGCCGCCAUGGGCAACGCCAGCGCCAGGGAGGAGGACGCGGCGGAGGAGGCCGCCGACGUCGAGGACGGCGCCGGGGACUCCUCCUCCGCGGCCCGCGGCUUCCCCCCGUACGGCGGGGGCGGCAACCACGUGCGCCGCGCCUGCUCGGUCGGCGUCGUGGGCGGCGGCGGCGGGCCCGGAUCGCCGCCGGGAAGCCCCGGACGCUCCCUCUCGCCCCGGAUGUUCGUGCCCCAGACGCCUGUACCUCCAUUGGUAAGACCUGCCGAUGUAACUCCAGUGUUCAAUGAAAUACUGAUGAAGGAACAAGAAGAAGAAUUUGAUGGACCCCCUCAAAAGGAAAUUCCUGCUUUGAUUGUGUGGACUCUUGGAGGAAAGAGUGUAUCUGUUGAAGGAUCAUGGGAUAACUGGAAAUCAAGAAAACCCAUGCAGAAAUCUGGGAAAGAUCAUUCUCUCUUGUUGAUUCUUCCUUCUGGAGUUUAUCGUUAUAGAUUUGUCGUAGAUGGAGAGAGGAGAUGUUUUCCUGAUCUUCCCUGUGAAACUGACGCCAUGGGCAAUGCUGUUAACCUUCUUGAUGUUCAUGAUUUUGUUCCUGAGAGUGUUGAAAGUGUAUCAGAAUUUGAGGCCCCUCCAUCCCCAGAGUCUAGCUACAGUUUCCAGUCACCCGAGGAAAAGGACUUUGCCAAGGAGCCGCCUGCUCUUCCAUCUCAGCUUCACCUCGGCGUUCUUAACUCACAGCACUCGGAAGAAGUAUGCGCACGACCCCAGCACAUCGUCCUGAACCACCUGUUCAUCGAGAAGGGUUGGGGCGCCCAUCCGCUGGUAGCUCUUGGUGUAACCCACAGGUUCGAGUCGAAAUAUGUAACAGUUGUCCUUUAUAAGCCCAUAGAAAGAUAGCGUAGCUGCCACAUGAAGUCGAUGCUAAUGCUUGACAACUCACACUGCGGAACCAGCAAAGAACAGCAACAUCGUGGCCUCUCUUCCUGUAAAAGCACACUUGGGGUACAGGAGUAUUUUCGAUAAUUUGCAGGAGCUUCGGUUGGUGUGCUACUAGCUGUUCUGUCAUGAUGGUGUUGCCCUGCCCCCUUUGUUUACCUUGUGGCGAGGGCCCAGGCGUGUUGAGUUCAUACACACAUAUAUGGUCAUUCGGUUGUUAUUUCCAGCCCCCAGGAAUGAUACUUGUAGAAAUGUCAGAGAAGUGAGAAGCGUGGAAACCCACUGAAUUGUUGGAGAAGUUAGAUCUUGUGAUUCUUGGUGUUGAUUGUUUGUCGUGGCGAUGGUGGUAUGUAAUAAUACAAAGCUACUGUUUACAAA